GGGGCGGAUUUUUCUAAAUUAUGAACUUGCCUCGGAGUAGGGCUUCAUUUGAGAUCAUGAAGAAGAAUUCCAACUCAUCAACCUUGAGUUGAUCGUCUGGCUUGAGGAAAGCCCAAGGUUUUCUGAUCAGAUUAUUUUGGAGAAUAUGGAAGUUACCUCACAGCAAAGUACAGGUCCAAAGCCUGAGCUUAUUUCUCAUAUGGAGCAGGAGGAUGACAUCUGGGUGCCAGAUUCUGAGGAGUGGAAUGAUGGCAAACAAUUGGGAGAUAAUUGGAGGGAAACGAGGGUACAUAUAGAGCAAGAACAGCAUUUUAUGGACAAACUUGAUCUUGCCAGACACCAGCAAACCCACACAGAAGAGGAGGAUGGUAUGACGGAGUCAAGCUACACAUGCAUCAACCAAAACACAUUUCACGAAAAGCCCCAAAGUGGAAAGAAACGCUUUGAGUGCGAAGUGUGUGGAAAAUGUUUUGCUUGCAAAUCACACCUCCGGGAGCAUCAGAGAAUCCACACAGGAGAGAAACCAUACAAAUGCCAAGAGUGUGGGAAAUGCUUUCCUCGAGUUUCAAAUCUUGUGAUCCACCAGAGAGUCCACACAGGAGAGAAGCCAUACAAAUGUGAGGAUUGUGGGAAAUGUUAUGCUUACAAGUCUGGACUUAAGAUCCACCAGAGAGCACACACAGGAGAGAAACCAUAUAAAUGUCAAGAUUGUGGAAAAUGUUUUGCUUCCAACUCACACAUUCUGGAGCAUCAGAGAGUCCACACAGGGGAGAAACCUUACAAAUGCCAGGAAUGUGGGAAAAACUAUGCCCAGAAUUCACAGCUUGUGAUUCACCAGAGAAUCCACACAGGGGAGAAACCAUACAAGUGUGAGGAUUGUGAAAAAUGUUUCGUUAGUAAUUCACAGCUUGUGAGCCACCGAAGAGUCCACACAGGAGUGAAACCAUUCAAAUGCCAGAUGUGCAAGAAAUGUUUUGCUUCAAAGCCACAACUUGUGAGCCACCGGAGAGUCCACACAGGAGAGAAACCAUACAAAUGCCACCACUGUGGGAAAUGUUUUGCUGAUAUAUCUCAGUUCUCAAGCCACCAGAGAGUCCACACGGGAGAGAAGCCAUACAAUUGCCAGGAGUGUGGGAAAUGCUUUGCUCAGAAUUCGAAUCUGAGGAGACACCUGAGAGUCCACAAGGGAGAGAAACCUUACAAGUGCCAGGAAUGUGGAAAAUGCUUUUCUCAUAGUUCAAAUGUUGUAAGGCACCAGAGAGUUCACAUAAGAGAGAAACCGUAUAUAUGCUCAGAUUGUGGGAAAUGUUAUGCUUCCUAUUCACAGCUUGUGAAACACCAGAGAUUCCACACAAAAGAAAAACCAUACAAGUGUGAGGCAUGUGGGAAAUGUUUUGCUUCAAAUUCACAGCUUCUAAGCCACCAGAGAAUCCACACAAGAGGGAAACCAUACAAAUGCCAGGAGUGUGAGCAAUGUUUUUCACAUCGUUCGGCGUUUCUAUAUCAUCAGAGAGUCCACACAGGAGAGAAACCGUACAAAUGCCAGGAAUGUGGAAAAUCCUUUGCUUUUAGUUCAGAUCUCCUGACUCACCACAGAAUCCACACAGGGGAAAAACCAUACAAGUGCCAAGAAUGUGGAAAACGUUUUGCUCAGAAUUCCCAACUCGUUGCCCACCAGAGAAUUCAUACAGGAGAGAAACCAUAUAAAUGCCAGGAGUGUGGGAAAUGUUUUGUUUCUGGUUCAGUUCUUGUCAUUCACCAGCGAGUCCACACAGGAGAGAAACCAUACAAAUGCCGGGAGUGUGGGAAAUAUUUUUCUCAGAAUUCAACCCUUCUGUACCAUCAGAGAAUCCACAGGAAAGAGAAACCAUACAGUUGCCAGGAAUGUGGGAAAGUGUUUGGUCGGAACUCACAACUUGUGAGGCAUCAGAGAAUCCAUGCCAGGAAGAAACGUUUUCCAUGUGAAGUGUGUGGGAAAUGUUUUGCUUGCAACUCGCACCUUGUGGAGCAUCAGAGAGUUCACACAGGGGAAAGACCAUACAAAUGUCAGGAGUGUGGGAAAGGCUUUGCUUCCAGUUCAGGCCUUGUGAUCCAUCACAGAGUCCACACAGGAGAGAAACCAUACAAAUGUGAGGAGUGUGGGAAGUGUUUUGCUCAUAAGUUUGGACUUAUAAGACAUCAAACAGUUCAUACAGGAGAGAGAUCAUACAAGUGCCAGGAAUGUGGAAAAUGUUUCGCUUCCAAUUCACAUCUUCUGGAGCAUCAGAGAGUCCACACAGGAGAGAAACCGUACAAAUGCCAGGAGUGUGGGAAAUGUUUCGCUCAGAAUUCACACCUUGUAAUCCAUCGGAGAGUCCAUACUGGGGAGAAACCGUACAAAUGCCAGGAGUGUGGGAAAUGUUUUGCUCAAAAUUCAAACCUUGUGAGCCAUCAGAGAUUUCACACCAAAGAGAAACCAUAUAAAUGCCAAGUGUGCAGGAAGUGUUUUGCUUCCAGUUCACAGCUUGUGAUCCAUGAGAGAGUCCACACAGGAGAAAAACCAUACAAAUGCCAGGAAUGUGGGAAAUGUUUUGCCCACAAUUCACAUUUUUCAAGCCAUCUGAAAGUCCAUACAGGAGAAAAACCAUACAAAUGCCAGGAGUGUGGAAAAUGUUUUGCUCAGAGUUCAUACUUGAUGAGGCACCAGAGAAUCCAUAUAGGAGAGAAACCAUACAAAUGCCAGGAAUGUGGAAAAUGUUUUGCUCAUCAUUCUAAUCUUGUGAGGCACCAGAGAGUUCACACAAGAGAGAAACUGUACAAAUGCCUGGAAUUUGGGAAAUGUUAUGUUUCAUAUUCACAGCUUCGAAAACAUCAGAGGUUUCACACAAGAGAAAAACCUUAUAAAUGCCAGGCAUGCAAGAAAUGUUUUGCUUCUAGUUCACAGUUUGUGAGCCACCAAAGAGUCCACACAGGAGAGAAGCCAUACAAAUGCCAAGAAUGUGGGAAAUCUUUUGCUCACAAUUCAACAUUUCUGUACCAUCUAAGAGUCCACAGAGGAGAGAAACCAUAUAAAUGCCAAGAGUGUGGAAAAUGCUUUGCUUCUAGUUCACAACUUCUGACCCACUAUAGAAUCCACACAGGAGAAAAACCUUUUAAAUGCCAAGAGUGUGGGAAGUGUUUUGCUCAGAAUUCACUUCUGGUCACCCACCACAGAAUUCACACUGGGGAGAAACCAUACAAAUGCCAGGUGUGUGGGAAAUGUUUCGCUUCCAGUUCAGUUCUUGUCAUUCACCGGAGAGUCCACACUGGUGAGAAGCCAUACAAGUGCCAGGAGUGUGGGAAAGACUUUGCUCAGAAUGCGACCCUUCUGUACCAUCAGAGAAUCCACAGAGGAGAGAAGCUGUACAGCUGCCAGAUAUGUGGGAAACUGUUUGGUCGGAAUUCACAGCUUAUGAGGCAUCAGAGAGUCCAUACACAGGAAAAACCAUGCAAAUCCCAGUAGAAUAUGAUUUGCUUACACUUGAGGUCUGACAGAUUUCAACAGAUUCUGUCUUGAACUGGUGGGUCAUUCAGUGGUUUAGGUCUCUAGCUAUGGAGCCAGAGGUUGAGGGUUCGAUUCCCCUCUGUGCCUCCCUGACAGGGGCUGGACUCAAUGAGCCAUAGGUGUCCUUCCAGGUCUCUAGUCCUCACUGAAAUUAUUAUUCUAAGAGUAUUUUCAAAAAAUGGACUUUGUAGGGAACUCAUUCAAAGAUGUUUCCAACCAUUCUCACCAUACAAAAUAUUAUCUAGGAUAAUUUACCAGAGAUUACAUGUUGAGGAGAAACUUCACCAGGUCUCUGCCUUUGGAAACACCCCUUAGUCAAAUCAAAUGCAACAAGCUGCCCCAAACAUUACUUGGAGGGAAAUAACUUGAGUGCACAAAGUGUAGUAGUGUUUUUAUCACACCA